UCACCUGAGGAUUCAUCGUAGAUUUGUCUAUGAUUAAAAUUGACAUCCGAUGUUUGACAUUCUAGUUUAUUGGUCUCUGUUUGACAUAUCAUAUUUGAUUUAUACUGAUUUAUACUUUUUGUUUUCAAAAAUCGGCGCUUUUCGUAAAGUUUAUUUAAUUUUAACUAUUACUUCUUUAAAAGUAUUCUUUAAAAGCAAGCUAAGUUUGAUAAUUCAUUAAAGAUAAUAAUAAUGGCGGACGAAGAAGAUCCAAAAGAAUACCGGUGGGAGACAGGUUAUGAGAAAACUUGGGAAGCUAUUAAAGAAGAUAAAGAUGGUUUGGUUGCGGGACUGGUUGCUGAGUUUGCACAGAAAGCAGCAAGGAAGGCUGCUGCACCGCGCCGUGGGCCGAUCAGGCUCGGAAUGAUGAGACAUUUAUUAGUGGCUGUUGAUUGUUCUGAAGCUAUGAAUUCACAAGAUUUGAAACCAACACGGUUUUUGUGUACAUUAAAGCUCUUGGAGAAGUUUGUUGAAGAGUUUUUUGAUCAGAAUCCGCUCAGCCAACUUGGUUUGAUUGCAAUGAAAAACAAAAGAGCAGAGAAAAUUACAGAAUUAUCAGGGAAUGUAAGGAAACAUAUCAAAGCUGUACAAGGCUUGACGAACCUGUCACUAACAGGAGAACCAUCAUUACAAAACACACUGGAGAUGGCUGGCAGAGUGUUGAAGCCGUUGCCUGGCCACGCAUCCAGGGAGCUGCUUGUGUUGUUUGCAUCACUUACUACUUGCGACCCAAGUGAUAUUAACGUUACUAUUCAGACAUUAAAGACUGAGGGUAUUCGAUGUUCUGUGAUAGGAUUAGCAGCUGAAGUCAGAAUUUGUAAAAAGUUAUGUCAAGAUACUGGAGGAGAUUAUGGGGUGGUGCUGGACGACGUGCACUACCGGUCGCUGCUGCUGGAGCGCACGGCGCCGCCGGCGCGAGCGCGCGCGCUGGACGCGGGGCUGGUGAAGAUGGGCUUCCCGCACGCCGCGCCGCCGCACGCCGCCACCCACCUGCACCACCAGCACCACCACCUCGCGCCCGACCCGCCCGCCGGCGGCGACCCGCCCAUCACUGUCUGCAUGUGCCACCUGGAGGAGGGCGAGGGCGUGGGCGGCGAGGGCCACCUGUGCCCGCAGUGCCGCAGCAAGUACUGCUCGCUGCCCGCGCAGUGCCGCACGUGCGGCCUCACGCUCGCCUCCGCGCCGCAUCUAGCCAGAUCAUAUCACCACUUGUUCCCAGUGGAGCCAUAUGAAGAGUUGACCAAUGAAGGACAAGCGCAGUAUUGUUUUGCAUGUUUAAGGACUUUCACAGAUGUCGAUAAGCAACGGGAGGCGCGCGUGCGCAUGUCCUUACAAACCAUAUUCCUGCAAUUAUUUUUUCUGCAACAGCAACGCGUCGGCUACCAUCAAUUUAUAGAUGUAAUCGUUGUCUCGAGCAUUAUUGUUGGGAGUGUGAGAACGUGGUGUCGGCCGCCAUGCACGUGUGUCCGGGCUGCGCGUCGCGGCCACAUCUCUACCAACGACUACCCAACACCUCAUAGCUUUGUAAUAAACAGUUCGAAAUAUCCGUGUUUUAUUAUUUUUCAACAUACGAAUAUUGACAUGAGGAAUCAUUACCGUAAAAUAUGGUGAAUAGGAUUUAAAAAUGCUUUAUCUAGUAAUAAUAACGAUAUUUUGUUUGAAUUCCUACAGUCCUCUUCGCUCCACUUUGCUGAUGUAUAAUUAAUUUUGAUUCGUUCAGUUCUAUGGUUGAUACAGAAUUUAACAAAAGUACGAAACCAUGUUUGUGUAGAUCUAAAUAAUACGCGUCUCACUAGUAGGUUCUCAAACUUACUAUGGUUACUGCCCACUUUGAAUAUCAAUUAUUUUCUAGCGCCAAUCGAAAUUAUUUUAAACUUACUUUUGCUCGCGGCUUCCCGCCUGCUUGAGAGAGUUUUUUCGGGAUAAACGUCUUACUUCAUUCUUUACUGGGAUAAAAAGUAACCUAUAGCACUUAAGAAUAAUGUGAAAAAAAUCUAAAUCGGUUUAGUAGUUCCUAAGAUUAGCGAGUUCAACUAAAACUCUUCGGCUUUAUAUAUGAGUAUUGAUAUACCUACCAUAUGAUAUGAUAUUAUAUGAGUUUCAUCCUUUUUCUAAGUUAAAAUUUAAAUAAGUCUCUAACACUAUAAAUGGGAAAGUGUCGGCGUUUGUUUGUUUGAUUGUUACACUUCAAGGCAAAAUUAAUGAACGUAUUUAUGUGAAAUUGUUAUUUCUUCAUUGUCCUGCAAUUUCUUCUAAACGCUUUCCCGCCCUUCCCCUGAAAACGUACAACGACCACUAAGGGGCGUUAUUAUCCUCUUUGAGAAACAGUCACAGCCAGGUAAAUUAAAUAAAAUAACUGGAUUGGUUCAAAUUGUUUAUUUAUUAUAUCACAAUUGUAAUUUUCCUACAUCCAUAGAAAAAUAACAGUUUAUAACAUUAGCCAGCAUUUGGCAUAACUCGUUAACUUAUGUAUACGGUAGGUCAUUAGUUAAAUCACAGCUUCAAAUCUCUCUGUCUUAUUUUAGAGGUAUUCUAUACCAUCCGCUAUGAUGUAGGUGUGUUUGUUCAGAGAAGGCAAUACAUGUCUCGUCUUAUGAAUGUAUUAAUUGUCUAUGUAUUUAGGUGGUACCUACAGCAUAUUUAUUCAUUUUUAAAUGAUAUCUAUAAUUUGAAUAAAAUGCAUAUAAAUUUAUUGUAAAUGCGUUAAAUAUAAAUUAUGUAUACCUGUCAUAAAUAUUAACUACAUAUCAUUAACUAAUAACAUUCCUAAUUAAGUAAGUAAAUAAAUGUCAUUAAGUCAUAAAAUUGGUCACAGCACUUUGCUAUUUAUUUAUUGGAAUUCGAGAAAUAUAUUUGUAUUCAGAGUAUCUACAUCUGUUGAUAUAUCACGGGUAUACUUAUCACUUCAUGAAACUAUAUCACAUCGAAUGGGCACUUAAGUACAACAACUUAUAAUUGUAUUAACUAAAAUCAGUUUCAAACGCGC